GAACAGCCACCGCGGGGAAGGAGGGUGCGGGGCGGAGCGUGUCCUGUAUUUUCUAUACGGGGUCCCGGGUCCCAUAGAGGCGCGUCGAGAGAAGAGGAAAGGGGAGCGGCCCUGGAACCUGGAUAUCGCGCGAGAUUUGUGACCUAGAAGGAAAUUUUGGACCUCAGCUGUGGCUCUCAGUGCUGGCCAGAAACCAACUUCAUGUCUGUGUGCACGAGCAGCAGUUUGCCAUGGAGAGCUUGGGGCUGCAGACGGUGACCCUCAGUGACGGGACAACAGCCUACAUCCAGCAAGCUGUCAAAGGAGAGAAGCUGCUUGAAGGGCAGGUGAUCCAGCUGGAGGACGGGACCACUGCAUAUAUUCACCAAGUGACAGUACAGAAAGAAUCUCUCUCCUUUGAGGAUGGACAGCCUGUGCAGCUGGAAGAUGGCAGCAUGGCCUAUAUACAUCGCACACCCAAAGGGUCCCUGCUGCGUCUCUUCCCCUUGUGUGGCAUCUGGCCUGACCGUGGGUUCCUUGCAGAGGGAUAUGACCCCAGCGCCCUGGAAGCCGUCCAGCUGGAAGACGGCUCCACCGCCUUCAUUCACCACCCUGUGGCUGUGCCGUCUGACAGCACCAUCCUGGCUGUGCAGGCUGAGGUGGGCCUGGAGGACCUGGCUACAGAGGAUGACGAGGGCUUCAGCGCAGACACAGUGGUGGCCCUGGAGCAGUAUGCCAGCAAGGUUCUGCAUGACAGCCAGGCUCCUCAUAACGGCAAAGGGCAGCAGGUUGGGGACAGAGCGUUCCGCUGUGGCUACAAGGGCUGUGGACGGCUCUAUACCACCGCUCAUCACUUGAAGGUACAUGAACGAGCUCAUACGGGUGACCGUCCAUACAGGUGUGACUUCCCCAGCUGUGGAAAGGCCUUUGCCACAGGAUACGGGCUAAAGAGCCAUGUGCGUACCCACACUGGUGAGAAGCCAUACAAGUGCCCAGAGGAGCUAUGCAGCAAAGCCUUCAAGACCUCAGGAGAUCUGCAGAAGCACGUCCGUACCCACACUGGUGAACGCCCAUUCCGAUGCCCCUUCGAGGGCUGUGGCCGCUCCUUCACCACCUCUAAUAUCCGCAAGGUACAUGUGCGCACCCACACAGGCGAGCGGCCCUACACCUGCCCCGAGCCCCACUGUGGCCGUGGCUUCACCAGCGCCACCAACUACAAGAAUCACGUGCGCAUCCACACAGGGGAGAAGCCAUACGUUUGCACGGUGCCAGGCUGUGGGAAGCGUUUCACCGAGUACUCGAGCCUGUACAAACACCAUGUGGUGCACACGCAUUGCAAGCCCUACACCUGCAGCACCUGCGGCAAGACCUACCGGCAGACUUCCACUCUGGCCAUGCACAAGCGGAGUGCCCACGGCGAGCUGGAGGCCACAGAGGAGAGUGAGCAGGCCCUUUAUGAGCAACAACAGCUCGAGGCCACCUCUGUAGCUGAGGAGAGCCCACCACCCAAACGACCUCGCAUUACUUACCUUUCGGAGGUGAAGGAAGAGGGCGAUGACAUCCCAGCCCAAGUGGCCAUGGUGACAGAGGAGGAUGGGGCCCCUCAGGUGGCUCUGAUCACUCAGGAUGGUGCCCAGCAGGUCAGCCUGUCCCCCGAAGAUCUGCAGGCUCUGGGGAGUGCCAUCAGUAUGGUGACCCAGCACAGCAGCACCACCCUCACCAUCCCCAGUGAUGACAACGAACUUGUCCCAUCUGGCACGCAUACGGUCACCAUGGUCAGCGCCGAUGGCACCCAGACACAGCCCGUCACAAUCAUUACCUCUGGAGCUGUGGUAGCUGAGGACUCAAGUGUAGCAUCCCUUCAUCAUCAACAGGUGGCGCUGUUGGCGACAGCCAAUGGAACACACAUUGCAGUGCAGCUGGAGGAGCAGCAGACCUUAGAGGAGGCCCUCAGUGUGGCCACUGCUGCCAUGCAGCAAGGGGCCGUGACGCUGGAGACAGCAGCAUCAGAGAGUGGCUGCUGAGCCCAAGAGGGCUGGGUCCCACACCAUGCUGGAGGAGGUGCCACACUGUACAGGCAUCCUUGCCUCCAAGGGCCCAGGCUGUGGCUGACACGUGGAAGGUGGCCACAAAGGUCCCUGGGGCGAGAAGGCAGCAGGAAAGCGACCUAACUGAAGAGAACG